AUGCUUCCUCCAAGCCCCGUUGGUUCGUCCGAUUCAUUUGACUCGACAUCGUCCGGUCCUGCCGCAGAGCAACCUCGCGAGGCAAAAUGCGACGAUAACGUCAUGAUCACUUUGUCGCUCACGCCUGAUCCGCCGGUCCAAACUCCGACUCGCCUUCCUUUUGCCCGUUCCCAUAUUCGGUCACGAUCGAUGGUUGAAGUCCCCGGUCUACCUCCGAUGACGCGCGCCCAUUCGUCCCCAGGGCUGGACUCACGGGGCAGAUAUAUAUUCGUCAACGGUCGCGGUGCUUCAACAAAUGCGGGUGAUCCGGCGGCCAAGCGCUAUCUGCCGUUGCAGGUCACCACAGGCGAUGGCCUAGAGUCCAGAAUGGUGCCCCUGAAUAUCUCGGAGACUAUCUCGGAACAUGCGGAGCUAGAUACCAAUCUUGUUUCCUCUCCGUCUCAUAUCGACUAUCACCCUACCUCGCCGGUUUUCUCUCACACUCUACCGCGUGUCAACCGUCGCCGACCGUCGUCCCCCCUUCACUUCCAGAGCCCUAGCUCGUCCGUUCACUCUAUGGGCAGUCCUUCCGGUCAUUCCUCUCCCGUGAUCUACAGCAUGAGGUACAACGAAUCCUACCCCGGUUAUUCGGCCUCUUCAACCUCAUCUAUACCCUCAACCCCGACAAGCCUGCGAUCCCGUAGCCCGAGUAUUUCGUCGUUGGAAACUAUACCUGACAUUCCCGACGCUGAAGCCGCUGCCAUCGAGGCGGACCGGAUCGCGGCUCUGAAAGCUGCAGCAGACAAGGCCGAUGAAGCAGAAGCGGCCAGCAACGGCAAUCGAAGGCGUGGGGCAUCGGAUGCUUCUGGCCCUUCUAGCGGACUGAUGACAAUGCGGGCGGGAUCGGUUGGCUACGGACCUCGAGCUGACAAACGGAAACGUUGGAGUGUCUGUGGAGCAGAACGUCGACAGGACCUGGACCUGGAAACGAUCUGGGAAGAUUGA